AUGUCUCUUGCACGCCACGUUGACCCUGAUGAGAUAAUCUCCCGUCUUCAUGAUUUGCAUAUGAAGGAUGCUGGCCGCAGACACGUCCAUACACAGGGUGGAACCUCGCACAUCACUCCAUAUUCCACUCGGUACGCUUCACAACAGGAAAUUUCCAAAUUCAGGAUUCCUGAUGAAGGCGCUCCUGCAGACACCGUUCACCAGAUCCUAAAGGAUGAACUGGAUCUUGACGGUGUUCCUAACCUGAACCUGGCCUCGUUCGUUGGUACCUAUAUGGAAGAGCAUGCACAGAAGCUCAUGUUUGAGAAUAUCUCCAAGAAUUUGUCCGAUGCUGAUGAGUACCCUGCAAUGAUGCAAAUGCAUACUCGCUGUGUGUCCAUCCUAGCCCAUCUCUGGGGCGUCCAAAAGGGCGAAAACGCAAUCGGCUCUGCAACAACUGGUUCUUCGGAAGCCAUUCAUCUUGGAGGCUUGGCAAUGAAGAGACGUUGGCAAGAGAAGAGGACGAAGGAUGGUAAGGAUACCUUGAAGCCAAACAUUAUCAUGGGCGCGAAUGCUCAAGUUGCUCUGGAAAAAUUUGCCAGAUACUUUGAGGUCGAGGCUCGCAUCUUGCCUGUUUCUGAGAAGUCCAGCUACAGACUUGAUCCGGAGCUUGUGAAGGAUAACAUCGAUGAAAAUACAAUCGGUGUGUUUGUCAUCCUGGGAAGCACAUUCACUGGUCACUAUGAACCUGUUGAAGAGAUCUCAAAAAUUCUAGACGAUUAUGAAGCUAAGACGGGAAUUGAUAUCCCGAUCCAUGUCGAUGGAGCUUCUGGAGCCUUUGUUGCACCCUUUACAGAAGCCAAAGCAGGUGGCCCCAAGUGGAACUUUGAGCUUCCUCGUGUCAAGUCCAUUAAUACAUCCGGCCACAAGUUUGGUCUAGUUUACGCAGGUGUAGGGUGGAUCAUCUGGCGUGACGAGGCCUAUCUUCCAAAGCACUUGAUCUUCGAGCUUCAUUAUCUUGGGGGAACGGAGGAGUCUUAUACGCUAAACUUCUCUCGACCAGGAGCACAAGUCAUUGCCCAAUACUACAAUUUGAUCCACCUCGGUUUUAAGGGCUACCGACAGAUCAUGGAGAACUGUAUGGUGAACGCUCGUCUUCUUUCAAAGUCGCUGGAAGCCACGGGAUGGUACACUUGCGUCUCAGACAUCCAUCGAAAGAAGGGAACCUUCAAAUUUGGCGGCAUGCAACAGGCCGUUUUCGGAAAGGAGGAUGAGACUUCUGCUGACUACAAUGCGGGUCUCCCCGUGGUGGCUUUCCGAUUCAGUGAUGAGUUUAAGAAAGAGUUCCCGCAUCUGAAGCAGGUGACUAUCUCGAAUCUUUUGAGGGCGAAGCAAUACAUCAUUCCCAACUACCCAUUACCACCAAACGAAGACCAAACCGAGAUCCUUAGGGUUGUUGUACGAGAGAGCAUGAGUUUCGAUCUCAUGGACAGAUUGAUCACCGACAUCUGUCAAACAACUCAGAAUUUGAUGGACAAUGACGAGGCCGACCUAAGUAUUCUCAACCACAGUAAGGACACCAGUAUGGAGAAGCAGCAUUCGAGAGCAGGUCAACAGCAUGGCAAGGCACAGGGAAAGGGUGGCAAGCACCCUAUGACCAAAGGUAUCCAUAGAACUGUGUGCUAG